CGCCAAAAAAUCCUUUAUGUUUUAUUUUUAAUCUUUGAGGCCUAACUGCAUUACGUUAUUUGAGGACGCUCUUAAUUAAAAAUCGUCUGUGAACGUCGUCAACGCGGUUUCACUCGAAAAUAGUCGCAGGCGGUCGCGAUAAACUUUCUUUUGCAUAAUACCAAUAAAAAAUACAUUUUGUGUGACAACCAUCGAUUUAGAUAAUUUAAUAUGCCAAGCUACGAAUUAGCAUUGAUUUUGCGGCAAAUGCCAAGGCCGGAACUGGUUUCGGUUUUGAAACGUACUGCUGAUGCCAUCUUUGACAAGGGAGGUAUAAUUCGUAAACUGGACAACCUCGGAACUCGACCCCUGCCGUCCAAAAUAAGUAAUCACGGUUUAGUUCAUCGAGCGGGUUCUUACUUCGUAUUUAAAUUUGACACUCCACCGGCGACUGUAGAAGAUUUGGAAGAGGAAUACGGUCGUGAUGUAGAUAUCAUACGACGGCGCAUCUAUAAAGCGGAUGCCGCAAUGCAGGAGCAAAUAACCUGUACGUUGCACGAAGAAAUGCAACCUCCAGCUUACCGGAAAGAAGUUCAAAAGAUGCUAGCCGUUGCUAACAAAAAACAAAAAAAGGGUUUCCAAUACAACAGCGGAUUGGAUUAUUAUCCGUUCCAGAAAUAGUUGGAGCGAUUUUUGUUACUGUAGGUUUUAAUAUAGAUUCUAUACAUUA